AUGCCGAAUCCACAACCACCGUCGUCAGGGAUGCCCGCGGUAGCAAACCGAGAGGGUAAGAUCGUGAUCCAACCGAAUCCUUCAGCCCAUCAGCAGACGGGCAAGCAGCGGAUGGUCAUGAAAUUCGGUGACCAGGAGCAGAUCAUGAUUGUGGAGCAGCAGAAGGAUGCACCACCUGCACCGGGACUCGUUAGAGCGCCAGUGGCCAAAAAAGCGUUCCCCGCAUCCGCCAUCACUGCCCCUCCGUUAGCAUCGUUCAACAGGCCACCCGUUGCCCUGGCAUCUCAUGCAUCCCGCAUGUCGACCGACACACGUGAGACAAAGCUCGUUGUCACGAAAGCGGCCAGCAGCAACAAAUACCCAGGAACGGCUUCACUACCUUCGCAUUCGAUUACGGUGACUGCCACCAUCGAUGGAAGAUGUUCCGUGCUGUACCCGCCGGUAGGCGCUCAGCAGCAGCCAGCAGUCAUUGGCGAGAUCAUCCAUGGUCAGCGGCCGGAGUCAUGCGGCGUACAGCAACCGCCCAACACUGGUGGCAUUUCCUAUUCAUCCAAGAUUACACCCGGUACAACUGUGCAGAUCGGUAACACCAAUAUUAUGGCUUUCCAGCAGACAAAAAUCGGCCAAUCGACUCUCGUGAAGCAAAACGUCAUCCCAAGUGCGCAGAUCGAUACCAACACCACGGCGGUGGUGCUGCCAUCGAGAUCAUCCACGGGUGUUACCACAUCCGGAGCGAUCACUGACUUACGAUUACUCACCGCUCCACCGACCGGUUUGAAGGUGUACCGCCCGAUCGUCACGAAAGCUAACGUCGCGUCCGUGGUCACAAAUACGCUGCAAGGACUCACGGUCACAUCGUCAGCGGUCCUUCCAGGGGGGGUCCCGAUGGAACGGCAACUUAAUUCCAUCUGCUCCGCAACCGUACCAGUCAGUGGUUCGGUAAUCGUACAACCUGUCGUCGUAUCGAGCGCGUCACCAUUCCAACAGCAACCGACAAUUUUAGCAGCCACACCCGGACAAGUUCACAACGUCGUGUUGCCUCUCGGUACCACAAUCAAAGUAAUGCCGACCGGUAUGGAGCAACAGCCGGGGUUGAUGCAGCCAAUAUCGGCACCGGUCAUGCAACAACACACUGUCGUUCGUCCAGCGUCCCCUAUGACACCCUCGGUUAGCAACAUUUCACAGCAACCGGCUGGCAACUCUGUCCCGACGAAGGUACUGGUAAACCCUCGGCCAACGGUGCCAGUCGCACGUUCGGUCGUCACCGCUUCCAACAUGCCGCCAUUGUACGUGCCCCAAAACAAGACUCCCAUUGGUUCCGGCUUGCUGAAGCCGAUUUCAACGGUCACUAGUACGGCCAGCAUGGUCAAUCGUGUGCAGCAGCCGGUAUUGGACCCAGUACACAGAGCUCUAAUGGAACCGGGACCAAACGUGCCAAUGACUCGCAUCGUACAACGCCGUACGUCGAUAGGAAUGAACCAAAAACCCUCUAAAACGAUGACCAACAACGAACAGCAGCUACCAGCGAAACAUGAUGCACUGCCACCAAUGCCCAAGCUAACUCCAUUUACGGCUCCCCGGCUUCCGGUUCUGCAACCUCCGCAAGUGGUACCAUCUGAUGUCAGUCGGGCACCACGAUACGUGACAAUGCCGGCCAGUGUUCUGGUUCCGGUAGUACCACAGCCCACCAAGAAACCACCCUGCACACCCGUGUCGGUUCAAUCGGCAUUUGUACCCGUCGGAAGCGCCGAAGCCGAGGGUAACAGUGAGGACGAAUCAUCUUCAAGCGAUGUUGACCCACUUGUGAUGGAUCUGGAAGAAACUAGUGCACAUGAGUCGGCAGAGGGCCAACAGAAAGAGCCCAACUUUGCUCAGACCACGGACAACAAUGUCACUAAAGACGCCGAGAGAUUGCAGCAAAACCAACCGCCAACGGAGACAGAGGUGAUCGAGAUUCUCGAUUCUUCGUUCAGCUCCGAUACGAUGGCACAAAUGCUCGAGCAGGACAAUGCUAUCGCAGCAUUAUUACAAUCGGAGAAUCUCCACCCUCGGGAAGUAACUCCGGAGUGUGUCACAGUGGCGCCAGAGACCAAAAUAAGCCCGCGUUUGCAGAAGCGCGCUGUUUCGGAACAUCAGCCAUCGUUGGUGAUACCAGCGCGACCUCCACAAGGUUCUGCCGUGUCCGAUAUGCCUGCAGUUCGUAUACGCCGCCGAUUUUCGGAGUUUUCCACGGAGCAUGCCACACGGACGAUUUUCCCACCCUUAUCGGCCAAAGAUGACGCUUUCAAAAUCAUACGCGUAUCGAACACGCAGCUGCAUAAUAUGCAGCUGGUCGCUGGAAGCAAGGAUGCGCUCCUCAACGAUGGGCAAAAAGUUGGAGAUGAGGAGAAAAUCCAGCACACUGGCCCUUCAGCAAAAAAUCUAUCGCUGUUGUGCAAUGAAACGAUGGAGGUUUCGAAAUCCUCACAGGAAGUGGGAAAGAAAAAAGUCGGGGCAGGUCUCGCCAAAGGUACCAAACGCAAAAAUCCCUCCAAAAACCUACUUGCAGAUGGCGAACUGAAGAAACAUGCAAAGCACGGAUCCACGAUAGUUGGGGACAAGAAACGCAAAAAGUCCCGACUGACGGAGGAAACCAGCGAGGACUGUGACGCCACUCGGUCCUCUUCCACGUCAUCUGAGAGUAAUGUGACGAUCGGAAAGGUUGAACAGAGUAGGAUUCCGUCUGAACCGACCGGCCGAAAGAAGGCAUCGGGGAAAUCGCGUACUGAGGGCAAAACUGCCUCCACUGGGCGGUCUCCACCCGUUCCGGCUCCUGCAUCCGAGUCGUCCUACAGCAUGCAAGACGAUUCGGGAACGUUCUCGGAUUCGACGACGGUGGCCGAGCAUCUGCGCUGGCAUGAUGGUAUCGGGUAUCUCUCCGAAAGCUUGAUUCACUUCGAGUUCAACAAGUUUGGCAUGGUACAACCCAUCACGGCUGAGGAGUACGAUCGGCACUGCAGCACGAACGUGUACGAGAGCAUGAAGAAAUCAAUCGGCAAGAGACCAGUGAAGCCAACCAGCUUGAAACUGGCCUCAUCCAAACGACCCCGGACGGCCGGGGAUGAUGUGAAGUACAGAUGCCACAGUUGUAGCGGGCGCGGCCGUGCGGUGGACUUUGUUACACCGGAAUACUGCAGCAUCCAAUGCAUCUUAACGUCGUCCAACGCGACCCUGCAUAAGUACAUCCAAAAUUCCACCCACGCCAUCCAGCAGGAGACACUUUUCAUGACGGAUGGUAAGCACAUGCCCAUGCCGAAAAAGGCGGUUAAUUCUACUGUACCGCUGCAUCGGAAUCUGGAAAAUGCCGACGUAACACAGAAGGACACAGCAGCUGACAUAGCGGCCGACGGUGCUAUGGCAAAGAAGAAGCCAUCACUACCGAAGAAGCAUCGCAAGACAACGCCAUCCUCCGCCACGACACCCACCACAACCACGACCAGCGACGACGACUCGAUGAGUUCGCUCAAUCUCAACUCGAGCUCGUUUUUAAAACGGCAAGAGUUUCGAGCUUUUCUGCCAUCUUCGCUGGAUGCAGAUAGCCGAACGCCCCUGCCAUUGGAACAACCGCCACAGGCGGAUGUUGCUUCCGGGGCUAACAACCCGGCAAGCGACACCAUCGCGGAUGUUGCCAAUGAAGACUUUGAGUUUAACUGGCAACGCUACCUUACGCAAAUGAAAGUCCAUGCGGCUCCGGUUCGAUUGUUUGGUCCCAAUCCGUACCCGAUGCUUCCCGGAAUGACGGAGAACAUGUUCCGCGCCGACAUGAAGCUGGAAGCGAUCGAUCCAGAGAAUAACUCGCUGUUCUGCGUCUGCACGGUGGUUGAAGUGCGCGGAUUCCGCAUAAAGCUACACUUUGAUGGCUACCCAGUGGAGUACGACUUUUGGGUGAACGCCGACUCGGUGGACAUUUUUCCGCCUGGUUGGUGCAGCUCGACGAACCGUCCGUUGCAGCCUCCGGGUAAUCGCAAGGGCCACACGUUCCAGUGGAGCCGAUAUCUGAAGGAAACGGGUGGAUCCGUGCCGGACAAGAGUUGGUUUCAGCAUCUAAACAACACGCAUGAAGACAAUAAGUUCGAAAUUGGAAUGUCGCUCGAGGCGGACGAUCUGAAGAAAUCGGGUAAAUUGUGCGUGGCCACAGUGACGGACAAGAUGGGCGACCGCGUGCUGGUGCAUUUUGAUGGGUGGGACAACCGGUACGACUACUGGGUGAGCAUCUAUUCGAACUACAUCCACCCGGUCAAUUGGCACCGAGAUAACAACGAGAAAAUCGCGUCCCCACCAGAUUGGAACAAACCGUUCGAUUGGGUGAAGUACUUGCGGUACAAGUCGCGGAACGAAGCACGGACGCUGUUACCGGCGGGGAAAGCAUUGUUCCGCACGCGCCCACCGGUUUGCUUUAAGCUGGGCCAACGCCUCGAGGUGGUCGACCGUAAGCAGAAGCAUUUGAUACGUCCGGCCACAGUUGUUGCGAUGGAUGGAUACGAGGUGCGGCUGUGCUUCGACGGAUGGCCUCGUUACUAUGCCUUCUGGAUUGAGGACGAUAGCCCGAACCUACAUCCCAUCAACUGGUGCGCUCGCACGAAGCAUCCGCUGGAACCGCCACCAAACUACAUGUUUGAGACGAGCACCUACGAUGGCACGUGCGAGCUAAAGUUUUGUCUGGGACGGGGCAAUGCGAAGCAUCCGAGCAAAAAGUUCCAUGACAGGCCAACAGAGUGUCCCUACAGGCGCAACAACUGGAUGGGUGAGGAGCUGAAGCCACUCAGGAUUAGCCAUGACCAAGUAAUUGAUUAUGUUUUCCAUGAACGUGAUAAACCACUGGAUGACAUCAAACCAGAAGUCAGCAGUAGUAGUAGCGGCAAUAGCAACAGCAAGUCUAGCAUAAAGGAAAGCGUUCCAAUCUCGCUGCUAAAGAGUGUAGCUUCUAUUGCGCCCAAAAUCGAGAAAUCAAUCGCAUUGCGACGCCCUAGUGUAGCAAUAGAAGCACCGAUGGUGUCUGCUCCAAAGCGCCUGAAACAAGACUUAGAAGAUGUGGAUGUUAAGAUAGCCCCCUCGUCGUCUACCACGACCCCGCCGCCUUCACACGAUUCGUCGAAUGACCGUGAUCGGGUUAUCGGUGUUAAAGAAGAUAUCACGACCACCACCGGUACCACCAUUCCUGCUCCGGAACAGGGCAGCGUGCAGGAGUCAUCAAUUAAUUUGGCCAUGCCUGUUAUCCUUGAGUACGGUCCGCGUUUGAUGCACUCGUACGAGACGUGGCGGCGACAUUCGCGUUACCUCGACGAAUGCACCAACCGGGGCGAUGGGUUGCGUAAAAAUCCGCUACACUGGACUACGGAUGAGAUGGCAAGUUAUAUUGAACAGUUGCCUGGAUGCGGCGACUGCGCCAACCGUAUACGCCACGAGGAGAUCACCGGCAAGUCGUUCCUCAGCUUCACGCAGGAUGACUUAAUGAACUACCUCGGCAUCAAGAUCGGACCGGCCAUCAAGAUCUACAAUCGGAUCAUCCGCCUGCGCCAGCUCGUGACUUCAAAGUUCAUCCAGCUGUAGACGGAGCACGUGCUCCGCUUAUACGUAAGUAUGAUGAUUCCUUUUUCCUUCCGUUCCGUUCGGUAUCCGUUUCUGGUUCCUUCCCCUUGGUGCACCAUAGUUUGGCGCGAACAGCUCCAAUAUCCGAUGCAAUAUUUAAAGCAAAUUAAGUU